UUCCAAGAUUGUCCCCACAUGCAUAUUCUAUUCCUCUUCUUGUUGGCUUUUCUAUACAUACCACUACUUUAACUAAUAUCAGAUUUUAUGUGUUUUCUGGAAUUUAAGAAACAGUUUGUAUUUUGUUUUACAUAUGGGGUUUGUAGAUCUAUUUUCUGCCGCUUCUAUGCCUGUUCUCAAAGUGCUCAUCGUUACUGCACUUGGGUCUUUUCUAGCCUUGGAUUCUGUUGAUAUCCUUGGACAACGUACUAGGAAGCAAGUCAAUGAUAUCGUGUUCUUUGUGUUCUCUCCAUCCCUUGUGGGAAGCAAUCUUGCUAAAACGAUCACUCUUGAAAGCAUCAUUUCUAUGUGGUUUAUGCCUGUCAAUAUUCUUCUUACAUACAUUAUUGGGUCUGCACUUGGGUGGGUGCUUUUGAUGAUUACUAGACCACCUCAACAUCUAAAGGGCCUCAUCCUCGGUACCUGUGCAGCAGGAAACCUUGGAAGCUUGCCGUUGAUCAUAAUACCGGCUGUAUGCAAAGAGAAAGGCAGUCCCUUUGGUGAUCCGAAUGUUUGUCAUGCGUAUGGCAUGGCUUAUGCUUCACUAUCUAUGGCAAUUGGAGCUAUAUUUUUGUGGACAUACGUUUACAACCUAGUACGGGUUUUCUCUGUUGUUUCCCAAGAUUCGAGUAACAAUGUUGUGGGGGCUGUCACAGUAACCGGAACCAUGGGAAACCACUUGACUGAGAAUUUGCUUCCAUCGUCUUCAUCUACUGUUAACAUGAACGGAAACUGGAAGGUGACGCCAGAAAUGAUUAAGCAACACUUUGGGAACUUCUCUCGAUCGGUUAACUUGAAGGCUGUGUUUGCCCCAUCAACCACCGGAGCGAUUGUGGGCUUCAUGAUUGGAACGAUCACGCCAGUUCGCAAGCUACUAAUAGGCACCACAGCUCCCCUUAGAGUGAUCCAAGAUUCUGCAUCUUUAGUAGGGGACGCAUCAAUCCCGACCAUGACAUUGAUUGUAGGUGGCAACCUCUUAAGAGGUCUCAAAGGAUCUGGCGUCUCAUCGUCACUUAUCAUGGGAAUAGUAGUAGUGCGGCUAAUCUUGUUGCCAUUUGUUGGAAUUUUAAUCGUCAAAGGAGCGAUUUAUUUUAGCUUAGUGCAUGUAGAUCCUCUUUAUCUUUUUGUUCUUCUACUACAGUAUGCGCUUCCACCGGCCAUGAACAUUGGUACGAUUACGCAGUUGUUUGGAGCUGGUGAGACUGAGUGUUCGGUGAUUAUGUUGUGGACUUAUGGUUUGGCAUCGUUCUCACUUACCUUUUGGUCGAUGUUCUUUAUGUGGUUCGUGGCUUAACUUUUGAACCAUUGGUGAUUAAGUUGUUUGAUCAUAUCGUGUAGUCAAUAAUCUUUUGUUGACAAAUAUUUGUUAUGUGUUGGUUUGAUGUAAUUAUUUGCCAUUUUUAGACUCU